AUGCAUCCUCAAAGUGAUUCAGCCGAUGAGACAAGUGCGCUAAGACAAUUUUCAUGGGAACAAUGGGACAACCUAGUAAUUGCUGUUAUCUAUCGAUCUGGUUCCAAUGGUCUCAAUCGUUAUGUGCUUAAACGUUAUGUUGAAGAAGUUUUAUUUCAAUCCGAACGAUGGAAACAAUUAUCAUUCUAUUUUUCAAGUAUUUCGCCAAUCGUUCGCGCAUAUCCAUUAACAUCAAAUGAAGUUGAACUCAUGCGACGUAUUCUUGAGCAUCAUCUCAAUGAUAAAUUACGUUUACGUAUUACACAAAAAAAUGAUCAAUUAAUUGAAUACGAAGAUCUACUUGAAUUUAUAUCUCGUAUAGAAGAUAUAUAUAAUAAAAAUUCCAGUUUUUACAAUCAUAAUCGUUUGAUCAAUGGAACUUUAUCAUCAAUUCCAUCAAUACCAAUUAUACAUUCAGCAUGCACUACAAUACCAACGCCUGUUGUUGCUCCUGUGAUUCAAACGCCUGCAAUAGCCACCACGAGUCAUGAUCAGUCUUUACAAUCUUUCAUUGAUUCGUCUACAAUAAAAACUAAAUCGAAUACUUUCUUUUCAUUUCAACUUUGCCCAAUCUCAUUCAAUAAUGCUAGAAUAUCUGGAAGUGGUUGGAUACAAAUGAAUAAUGUUUUUUUACCAUUCAUAAUUAAAAAUCAUCAGCGUUUAGUGCCAUAUGAAAUACUUGUAUCGUGUAAAGUUCUUCAACCUAAUCAAUUACGAGCAACAUUAAUACAAGCUAGAUCAGCCGAUAUAGCAUUAAUCAAUUCAAUGGUACGCGAUUGUAGAAUAAACAAUCAACUAGUACCUGAAAAUGCUUUAUUAAUUAAUGUUUAUCAUAUUCUCAUUAAUACCAAAGAUCUUGUCUAUGUUAAAAUCUUGCCAAUCAAUAAUCCAACAUCGAUGGUAAAUCAUGAAUAUAAAAGUAUUUUAUCUCUACACGGUGGUUCAUUCUAUAUAAAAACUCAUAUGAUUCCAUUCGUUUGUUCGCGUCAACAUUCCUAUGUACCAUUAAAUGAUAUAUUCAGUAUCUAUCCAAAUCUACAUCCAAAACUAAGACAUCUUGCACGAGUACCACAGACGAACGAAUUAGAAUAUUUACAACUGGUACAAAUGUAUUAUAACAAAGAGCAAAUCUUACCAUCGGAUACGUUACUUAUUGAAUUGAAUGAUUUAUACCGAACAGAAAUCGCUCUAUCAAAAACGAUAUCCUUAAUUGAAUAUCAUACAAAAGAAAAAGUUAAUUUUGAUCGAAGAUUAGCUCUAAAAGAUAAUCUAUUACAAAAUAAACGUAAAAAUCCAGAAUCACAUGAAAAUAGACAAACACAAAAAAAGUUGAAAACGUUCAUUCGAUUGAAUCGAUCUGCAUCUACGCCUUCGCCAUCAUUAGCAGGCUAUUUUCCUAUACAAUCGACGCCGUUAUUUUGUAGUCAACAGUAUUGGCUUUCACCGCACAAUGAAUAUGCAAUAGGAGCUCCUUUGUAA